UUCGGGAUGAAUUAGCGGCGGGUUCUUCUCGCAGGUUGUGACCCCCGUGGAGUCGCAGUCUAGUCCCAGUGUCCCCGCGACAACGCGCGUUUUUCCCGGCGUAUCCCAGGUGCGCGGCCCGCGGUGUCAGAAUCAUGGUGUCAUGGAAGGGGAUUUACUUUAUAGUCUUCCUGUUUGCAGGAAGCUUUUUUGGAAGUAUUUUUAUGCUCGGUCCCAUUUUACCUUUGAUGUUAAUAAACCUGUCAUGGUAUCGCUGGAUUAGCAGCCGUCUUGUGGCUAUGUGGCUCACGCUUCCUGUGGCAUUGUUGGAGACCAUGUUUGGUGUCAAAGUAGUUAUAACAGGAGAUGCAUUUGUACCUGGAGAAAGGAGUGUCAUUAUCAUGAACCACCGGACAAGAGUGGACUGGAUGUUCCUGUGGAACUGUCUAAUGAGGUACAGCUACCUCAGACUGGAGAAGAUUUGCCUCAAAUCCAGUCUAAAAAGUGUUCCUGGAUUUGGCUGGGCCAUGCAAGUUGCUGCCUUUAUCUUUAUUCAUAGGAAAUGGAAGGAUGAUAAGAGCCAUUUUGAAGACAUGAUUGAUUAUUUUUGUGUCAUCCAUGAACCACUACAACUUCUCAUCUUUCCAGAAGGAACUGACCUCACAGAAAAUAACAAGGCUAGAAGUAAUGAUUUUGCUGAGAAGAACGGACUUCAGAAAUAUGAGUAUGUCUUACACCCAAGAACCACCGGCUUUACUUUCGUGGUGGACCGUCUAAGAGAAGGUAAGAACCUGGAUGCUGUUCACGACAUCACUGUGGCAUAUCCUUACAACAUUCCUCAGACUGAGAAACACCUUCUUCUUGGAUACUUUCCCAAAGAGAUCCACUUCCACGUCCAUAGGUAUCCAGUCGACACUCUUCCCACAUCCAAGGAGGACCUUCAGCUCUGGUGCCACAAGAGGUGGGAAGAAAAGGAAGAGAGGCUUCGGUCCUUCUACCAAGGAGAAAAAAACUUUCACUUUACUGGGCAGAGCACAGUUCCACCUUGCAAGUCUGCUCUCAGAGUCCUUGUGGUCAAGCUGCUGUCUAUACUGUACUGGACCGUGUUCUGCUCUGCAGCGUGCCUCCUCAUAUAUUUGUACAGCCCUGUUCGGUGGUAUUUUAUAAUCAGCAUUGUGUUCUUCGUGCUGCAGGAGAGAAUAUUUGGUGGACUGGAAAUCAUUGAACUUGCAUGUUACCGUUUUUUACACAAGCACCCACAUUUAAAUUCAAAGAAAAAUGAGUAAGACAGUGUGGCGUUCACCAUGUGAAAACCUAGUGUUGUCACAGGAAUGUUACAGUCUUCGUAAACUGAGAUAAGUUUUGCAUGACUAUGUCAAAUGUUUCUUACUAUGAUUCUUUGUUAAAGAUAUUUUGCACUUAAAUUUGUGGGGGAAA